AUGGACCAACUGAGGAACACAGCCCAGGCUAAGAAGGAAAGAAAAUCUGCAGUUGAGAGAUCAAGAGAAUUUAGAAGGAGAAAGAAGGAUUAUUUGACUAGACUUGAAUCCAAGGUGAAAAUAUUGGAGGAAGAAGUUUCUGGUCUCAAAAAAGAGAAUUAUUCUCUCAAAAAUACGAUUAGUGAACUUAAAAUGAUCCCAACAGUUGGUGAACAGUCUUGCUCUUCCUGUCAUACUUCAAGGCCUGAUCCAAAGAAGUAUUCCCAUCCUCUGUAUGAGUACGAAGACUUUGUCAACAACCAGAUGAAGAAGAUAUUGAUUCAGAAUCCUUCGGAGAUCAGAUACGCAACACUCGAACAAAUGGUUUCACAAGCAUCAGACUAUUCAGAUAGUAGAAGAGACUUGUUGAAGCAGAAGUUCAACGAUAUUCUUGAAAAUAUGCUAAGCUUUUCCUCUAAAUGCUACCUGAUGGGUUUCAAGAACGUCAAUAGGGCUGAGUUCCUGAGAAGAAACUGUACCAAAAAGAGGAGAGAGAAAUACAUUGAUAAAGAACAAUCUGAGAGCAAAGAUAUCUAUUUUGACACUUUCUUGCAUACUAAUAUAGCUAAGUUUAUUGAGAAGAAAGGAGAAGGAUUUAAAAAGAGCCUAACAAGUAUUGCAGUCAUUGCUAGGAAGCUAAUCAGGCUCAGAAAUGAUCUCUUCAAUGAGUAUAAAGAACAGCAAAACUUUAUCCAAGGUUAUGAUGAUUACCAGAAGGAAGACAUAAUAAGUCAUUACAAGUUCAUUGAUCAUGUGAAGAGUAAAACUAAUCUAACACCCCACUCUUUGUUCGGUAUCAAAGCUAAAACUCACAGUAAAGAAAAGUACGAUUCAGGAGAACUGACUGAGUAGAAAU